AUGUCUAGACCUAACUUAAGUACCGCCGUUGCGGACCGGUAUCCUCGUCCGAUCGGACGCAUCGUUCCUGAUGAUAACAGGUGUGAAACACUUACCACUGAUUUUUCGGGAUUCAAAGUGGAUGCUCAGCCAAUCAGAGGUCUGAACACCAGCGACGUUCCAGCUUCUUUCAACAAUACCGGUCUCUUCAUCAUCACCAUCCAUAUAACAGGUGAAGUUGAUGUCAGUGAUCUCCUGAGUUCUGUCCAACAGAACUGUAGCACCUGCCUCAGAGCAUUUGAGGUCCUUGGUUCGAAGCCAAAAAAGUACGUCCUUGUCGGUAACAUUCCCUUGGACCAACUUGAUGACAUCGUCAGCUCCUUGACCCCCGGUCAGGACGAUACUGCUACAACCAAACGUGUUAUCGACUUUAACACCUUCGCUAAGGAACAUUCCAGAGGCUGCAUCGACGUCCACAAACAGCAUGCUGAGCACCAACCUGUCCAUGUCGACUAUAAACCCGUCCAUGUCGACUACAAACCAGUCCGUGUCGACUACAAACCCGUCCACGUCGAUCACAAACCCGUCAAAAUCGACUACCAGCCUGUCAAUGUUGAGUAUAAGCCUGUUCCUGCUCCAACUCCAAGACCUUCCAAUGGUCCCAGCAAGUCUGUCUCUCUUCGUCAGAGCCACGAGCCAAAGACCCCCACCCGCUUCAUCCCUGAGGCUCCAGAAUCCCCCAAGGUUAAUUUCCCCAAGAUCGAGCAGAACUUCUACGGCCAAACAGAGCAUGACAAGGUUCAGGAUGAUCAUUUCCAGAACAUCAACUUCCCCAGUACAAGGAAAAGUCAGACCGGUUAUGCUCAGCCAAACUUCAACGGAUUUGGAGUUCAGGCAAAGAGCAACAGAUUUGAUACCAACCAUCCAGGAUUUGGUCUCAGUCUACAUGAUAAUCCAAGCUCCCGCUAUGUUUUCUAAUCAUACAACAAAAGUUGUUAUUUUCAUCAUUCCCAUCAUGUGGAAUCAUUGAGAAUUGUGGGCAAGGUUUGUAC